AUGUGGCCAGUCUCGCUCGGGCUUCUCCCCCAGCUGCACUGGCGUGGAGGGGAAGCCGGACGCGAGGCCCCAGAAUACGUGCCCUCCCUCUCCCCUGGUCUAAAAGUGUCCCCCACCCCCUUCCCCCCGGGAGCCAAGCCGUGGCGGCUGCCAGAGGUGGGGCUUUCACCGCCCUUUCCAGAUCGGAAAGCGAGACACGACGGGAACCCCCCCACCUCCUCUUUCCGGCUGGGGAGCAGACAGAGCGCGACCUGCAGCUUCCCCUUCGCUUACCCCACCCUGCCUCCCCGGGGGCAUCGCCACAAGCCAACAGCCGCCAAACUUCCACUCCGCGGCACCCACGCCCGCGAGGCGCGCCCCAGGAGGCCCCCUCGUCCCCAGCGCCUGCCGCCCCCUCGCCCCGCUCGGCUCGCUGCCCCUUUCCUCGCCUUUGGCCCCGCCACACAGCGAGCCCUCGCCCCACCUCCCCCAGGGGAGCGCCAGGGCGGGCCGGGCAGGGCCGGGCCGCUCCCCAGAGCCCAGCCGGCCGGGGGAAGGGACUCUCGAGACUCCGCGCAGCACCGAGCGCUGGGCUGGCGGCGCUCCGUGCGGCGCAGGGGGCAGCGGAGGUUGGCGGGGCAGGUGGCCGCCGCGAGGGCUGCGCUGCUGCCUGGGCUCCGCUGCCCGCGAGGCUCACUCGGGCUGCGGGCGCUGGGCUGGCAGCGCCAUGUUGCUGGCUGCUCCGGGCGGAGUGUCCCCUGCCGGCGCCGGCUGCCCUCCUACAUCGCGCUCCCGCCACGGGCCCGGCGUCUCCAGUGGCCUGGCCGCGGCUUUGUGUGUGGGGCUGGGGAUUUAACCCCCUCCGCCGGGAAAGCCGCUCUUCCUCCCCUUGCCGCUGGGAGCCCGGACUCCGUGUGCUGCCCGCCGCGCUCCGCUCACAUCCCCCCCCCUGCUGCUCCAGCCGCCGCCGCCGCCUCCCCCCCGCGGGCGGGCGCUGCGCUCAGGGAGCCGCCGCCAGCAGCAGCAGCGCCGCCACCGCGCUCUCCCGGAGCAAGUUACCCCCCGCCCGCGUCUCCCUUCCGCGGCUUCUCACCUCCCUUAAUUGAUUCUCUGCCCGCCCCCGGCCGGCCGCUCCCGCUUCCCGCCCCUGCGGGCUGGCACUCGGCCCCCUGCCCCCGCCCCGAAGCUGAGGGCGUCCCGGGGAGACUCCGCGCUCUCCUCAGCCAGCAGCGGCUGAGAGGAAAGUGGCUCCCCCGCCCGCGCCGCUGCUCCCCUCGCUCGCUACCCAGAAGGCCAGUGGAGAACCGCAAUUACCAUAAAGCUCCGCUCACUCCGCUCCGCCAAGCUGUCAAAGCCCGGCAGCCGCAGCAGCUCGCUCCGCCAGACCGCGCGCCGGGUGCCGCCGGGAGAGCUCCGCUCCCGCGCGUGGCGUGGGCUCUGGGCCCCCUUUCCGCGGCUCCCCCCGCCGCGCACCUUUCAGUCUCCUCUGUCCCCCCAGCGCCCGUCACUCAGCAGCCCCCGGCUCGCCGGCCUCCCGCUGCUCCCGACACGGAGCCCCCUUCCCGAGUGGCAGGGUUGGGGGAGGGGCGGCUCUUUAUUCCCUGCUCCCACUUGCCAGCCUUACUCCCACUCGCCUGCGCUUGCUCAGGAAUGGGGAGGCGGCGGCAGCUGGCCCCCGCCGCUCCCAGCCCCGAAAGCAUGGCUGUGCCGGGAGCUGCUGCAGCAGCUGGGGGGGCGGAGGCCGGCCGGGGGUCCAGCUCGCGUGUGUGCAAAGCCGGCUCCUCACCGGAGCCGCCCGAGGGCGGUGCUCAGCCCCACGAGGCCGGCCCCUUCCCCCCUGCCGCGCUCCGAGUCGGGCCAGUCACGGCUCCAGCCCAGCCCAGCCCAGCCGGCGGGGGGAGGGUUAAGCGGCGAGAUGGGGCCCGGCUGUGUCAGAGCGAAACCGCCCGGCGCACCUGGGCUCAGCUCGGCAGCCAGCCGCCGCCAGCCUCCCCUUGCUGCCGCUCGGUGCCUGCCUGCCCCGUAUCUCGGCUCCAUCUCUGCAGCGGCGGCGAGAGUCAGCGCUUCCCCUUCCCGUUCGCUCCGCGCGGCUCCUGCGCGCACUCGAACCCCAGUGACCCAGAUUAG